AUGAUUUCCGUUCUCAAAGCGAAAUUCGGACGGACUGACAAAGAUGAUCUUGGUCGGGCCAGUUGGACGUUUUUACACACAAUGGCUGCUUAUUAUCCCGAUAAACCAACGGAUUAUCAAUCGAUUCUAGGAAAUUCUUUUCUCUUUUGGAUGUGUAAUCUUCACAAUAAAGUGAAUAAGAAAUUAAGUAAACCAUUAUUUGAUUGUUCCAACGUUGAUGAGAGAUGGUUAACUGGUCCACCCAAUGGAAAAUAUUUUCUUUUCUUUUUCUUUCUUGUUACAAGUUCAUCAUCAUCAUCAUCAUCAUGGAAUUGGCUCUGGAAUUGGAAUGAGAAUGAUAAUCAACCAAAACCAAACUCGAUACUUGAUUUACCCAAAAGUCCAAUAAUUUUAGUUCCAGGAGAUGGUGGAAGCCAAUUAGAUGCUAAGGUGGACAAACCCUCGGUGGUUCAUUAUAUUUGCCAACAGAAAACCUCAGAAUAUUUUACUCUUUGGUUAAGUCUCGCUGAUUUGGUUCCUUAUGUGAUCGAUUGUUGGGUUGAUAAUAUGAGAUUAAUUUACGAUCCAAUUACCCGAACAACUUCCAGUCCACCCGGUGUGACGAUCAAAGUUCCCGGUUUCGGUAACACUUCAACCGUUGAAUAUGUUGACCCAAGUCAAGUUUCAAUCGCAGGUUAUUUCAAUGUCCUUGUGGCCGAAAUGGUCAAAAAUGGUUACAAACGAGGUGUAAAUAUCCGAGGGGCUCCUUAUGAUUUCCGAAAGUCACCACUUGAAUUGGAUUCGUUUUAUGUUAACUUUAAAUCGCUGAUCGAGGAAACAUAUGAGAUUAAUGGCCAACGGAAAGUGAUCGUGAUCUGUCAUUCGCUUGGAUGUCCAACUAUGUUGUACUUUUUUAAUCGUCAAAAGUUUUACUGGAAAGACAAAUAUGUGAAAUCAUUUGUCACAUUGGCCGGUGCUUGGGGUGGGGCAGUUAAGGCGUUGAAGGCUUACACUUCUGGGGACAAUUUCGGUGUUCUAACGGUAACCGCACUCACCAUACGAAAAGAAGAGCGGACUUUUCCAAGUUUAGCUUAUCUUUUACCCUCUUACCAUUUCUGGCCCGAUUCAGAGGUGCUCGUCUCAACGGGUGUUAAAAACUAUACCAUCGGUGAAUUUGGUCAAUUUUUUAGAGACAUUAAUUAUACAAGCGGUUACGAAAUGUGGUCUGAUACCAAAGAUUUAACUCAAUCCAUGGAUCCACCCGGUAUAACAAUCCAUUGUCUUCAUGGAAUCGGUUUACCGACAAUGUCAUCACUGGUCUACGAUUAUCAACAAUUUCCUAAUCAUGAUCCAAUUGUGACCACUGGCGAUGGCGAUGGGACAGUUAACCUUGAAUCGCUUAAAGGUUGUUUAAGGAUGAAAGGGAAACAAUCUAAGGACGUUAAUUAUGCGACAUUCAAUGGGGUUGAUCAUAUGUCUAUCAUGUCCGAUUCAAAAGUAAUUAAUUAUCUUAAAUCAAUCUCCAUUUACGAUCCUGUUGAGGAACAAUUAACUUGGUGGGAAACAAUUUGGGGUGGAAUUAAUAAUGGCUGGGAUAAUAUUUUCCAAUCUAAUGAGAGGAAACGAUUUACACAGUAAACGAGUUUAUUCAAUUUUCGUCCAUGGAAAAAGUUGUCGCUCUUUUUGUUAUGCUAACACAUGAAAAUAUCAAAUAACAAUUACAAUUGAUUGUGAAUUGGAAUGUAUAUUAAAAAGAGAGAAAGAGGAAGAAUAAUUUAUGAUUAUGUUAAUAAUCACACGUUUUGUGAAGAAAGAAAAGAAACAAUUUAAUUAAUAAAUAAAUUUAAACUUAAUUUAAA